AUGGCCGCCGGAAUCUGCAGCCGGAGUAAAAUUUUCUUCUUCAAAACCUCAACUUUCGCUAGACCCUACAGCUCAGGAGAUAUGGUGCAAGACCCAUACGAAACCACAAAAAGGGUCUGCAAAAUAAUCAUGUCCUGCCCGAAACUCGGCCUCGACACCUCCCUCGAUCAGAGCGGCAUACGUGUUCCCGAAGAAGUAGUCGAGAACGUCCUCAUCAAAUUCGAGAAUGCCGGCAUGCUGGCCCACAGGUUCUUCCUGUGGGCCGGCAAGCAGAGGAACUACGAGCACAGCAUCCGAGCCUACCACACGAUGAUCGGUUCUCUCGCCAAAAUCCGGCAGUACGAGCUCAUGUGGGACCUUGUGAACGCCAUGAAAAGCAAAGGAACGAUAAACAUCGAGACCUUCUGCAUAAUCAUGCGAAAAUACGCAAGGGCCGGGAAAGUCAACGAGGCCGUCUACACUUUCAACGUCAUGAAAAAAUACGACUUGCCCCCAAACUUGGCCGCAUUUAACGGGCUGCUGAGCGCACUCUGCAAGUCGAAAAACGUGAGGAAAGCCCAAGAGAUUUUCGACGGGAUGAGGGAUGAGUUUCGGCCCGACUCAAAAAGUUUCAGCAUUUUGAUCGAGGGGUGGGGCCGGGCCCCAAACCUGCCUCGGGCCCGCGAGGUUUUCAACGAGAUGGUGAGUUCGGGCCUGCAGCCCGAUAUCGUGACAUAUGGGAUCAUGGUCGAUAUUCUCUGCAAAGCAGGAAGAACAGACGAGGCCGUUGGAAUUGUUAAGGAGAUGGAAUUUAAUGGAUGUGGGCCCACGCCGUUUAUCUACAGUGUGCUCAUACACACUUACGGUGUAGAGAACAGAAUCGAGGAUGCAAUCGACGCUUUUCUUGAGAUGGAGAGGUCGGCCAAUGUGGGGCCCGAUGUGGCCGUGUACAAUGCACUCAUAAGCGCAUUCUGCAAGGUGAACAAAUUCAAGAACGCGUUCAAAGUGGUGAACGAGAUGGAUAAGAAAGGGGUGAAGCCGAAUUCGAGAACAUGUAAUAUCCUCAUUAAUGGUUUGAUCGGCCGGGAGGAAAGAGAGGAGGCGUUCAAGGUUUUUCGUAGGUUGUCGAGGAUUUGCGAGCCCGAUGCAGACACUUAUACGAUGAUGAUUAAGAUGUUUUGUGAGAUGGAUAAGCUGGAAACAGCGAUGAAAGUGUGGAAGUAUAUGGAGAGGAAGCAGUUUUCGCCGAGCAUGCACACGUUUAGUGCGCUUAUUAACGGGUUUUGCAGUAAAGGGGAUGUGUCGAAGGCUUGUGUUUUAAUGGAGGAGAUGAUGGAGAGGGGGAUUCAGCCUGGAAGGCAUACAUUUGGGAAGUUGAGGCAGUUGCUUAUAAAGGAAGGAAGGAAAGAUGUGCUUGAGUUUUUGCAGGAAAAGAUGAACCUUUUGGUGAAAGAGCCUUUGUGUGAUUGA